UCGUCUCGAAAUCCCCACACCACGUUCUGGGCGGUUACUCCGAGUGAUUCGGUGUUUCUCUAAUUUACGGCCUCCUACCCACACAGUUGCCCAGAUGAAGAGGCUGCAGCUCCAAAGAUGGAGCGGUUCGGUCCUCUCGGCGCAGGCCCGGACUGGUGGCCGCCUGCAGCAACGUCUCUACACUGCCAUCCGGCACCAAUCGACCGCAUCGCCUGCUGCGCCAGCUGGCCAUGAUCAAUUGAUCAGGGAACAACCUCAGGCACCCUCAAUUCGUCCCUCCCGCCCCAGCCAGUCGAGAUACAACCUCCCUUCUCCGCCAGUCGAGGCCGCACGCGAGUCCGCCAAACUGGCUUCGCUCCACGCACGCCUUUACCUCCCUUCCCGAUUACCUCUCGAGACCCUUGCUCGCUCUCUGGUCGACGCUUCAGCCGACCCCGACCCGAAUUUCAACAAUGAAUCCCUGGCCACCCUCGGUCAUGAUCUCUUGACCCAAUACACAUCCGAAUACCUCGUCUGCACGUAUCCCCGACUUCCCUUGACGGUCGUCUUCGCGGCCAUGUACGCGUAUGUCGGACCCAAGACACUGGCGGCAAUGGCAAAAGAAUGGGGUGUGGAGUCGGUGGCCGCUCCUGGAGGAGAGGUUGACCCUGGAUACCUGCAGUUCCGGAGACUACCCCCGGGCGCCGAGGUGAACCCGGAAUUGAUUACGGGUACGGAGAGGCCUCACGAAGAAGAGACACACUGGCGGAAGUCCGUCACCUCCAGGGUCGUUUACGACAACGAGUACGGAGACCCAGUCAAGGCCGGUGUCCCACCAUCAGAACUCCCUGAGCGGGAGGCCAAGAACAACAACCUGGGCGUUUCCCACGAACAGGCGAGUUCGACCUUCGUGCACGCGUUGAUGGGUGCCGUCUACCUUCAUGCCGGCCGUCCUGCCGCCAAGCGGUUCUUCGAGCAACACUUCCUCUCGCGUCACCUCAACAUUUCCGAUCUGUUCAACUUCUCCUCGCCUGCUCGUGAUCUUGCUCGCCUGUGUGCCCGGGAAAACUUCGAUGCCCCGGUUGCCCGGAUCAUCAGUGAAACCGGUCGCAAGAGCAGAAGCCCCGUGUUUGUUGUCGGCAUCUACUCCGGUGCCGAUAAGUUGGGCGAGGGCGCUGGCGCCAGUCUGCUUGAGGCUCGUUUCAGGGCUUGCGUCGCCUCCCUCAAGGGAUGGUACCUGUACAGUCCGCUGAACGUGCGCGUGCCCAGCUCGAUGGAGGAGGAGGGCGCCGCGCCCUGGAAGCCAGUUCACGUGGACUUGGGUGAGGUGAUUAUCUAGAGAGGGAGCAUGAGUUUUCGAAACGGCGUCACAUUAUCAGAUAUAGAUGUUGUCAACAUGGGACUGACAGCGAUGCAACAUUACAUACUGCUACCUAUCUAU